GACAUGUCGACCCCAACGGCGAAGAGGCGGACGAGUCGACGGCCAAUGCGUUUGAUAUGCGACUCAUUCACGUGAGUAGUGUUGCGGGAUUGCGAUGUGAGGCCAAUCUGUUGCGUCUGAUGGUGUCGUCGUUGUGUCCGGCAGUCUAUGGCCACGAGUUGGUGAAGACAGCGCUGGUGUUGGCGCUGAUGAGUGGCUGCGCCAAAGAGGACCGACAGAGCCCUCACCUCACAGUCAGGGGAGCCAUACAUGUGCUGCUCUUCGGAGACCACGGAUCACACAAAGACCUGCUCCUCAAGAGUGUCCACUCGUGUGCCCCCAAAGGCCACUACCUCUUCGGCAACGCCUCGACUAUCAAUAGUCUCACCACUCGUUACGUGAAGACCAAAACCAAGGAGUACUUCGAGAAGGGAUCACUUGUUUCGGAUCCGUUGGUCAUCUGUUGUAUCGAUGACUUCGAGCGCUUGAAUACCGUUCAGCGACAGGCCGUUCAGGAAGUGCUCGAACACCAGAACCUGUGGAUCAGUCGGAAGGAGAAGUUGCAGCGAUUGUCGGCCAACACCUGCAUCAUCGCUGCCGUCAACCCAAUCGAUGGUGCCUUUGAUCGCACUGUGAAUGUGUGGCAAAACACGAGACUCAGUGCUUCUCUGCUCAACAAAUUCGACCUCAUCUUCGACUUAAUCGAUACGCCCGACGAAGAGCUCGACUCUAAGCUCUCGAAAGAUAUUCUCGAUUCACAUAAGCCUUCGACGAGUGGACACAAAUUGCUGCAAAAGUUUUGCGAGCAAACACUCAUCACAACCAGAAAUGAUUGCAAUUUAAUGUCGAAAUUAAUAUUCAGAGCCACAGAAGACGAGCCGAACCUCAUUCCUCACGAGUCGAUGAGACAGUACGUCGAUUACGCCCACAAAUUCAUACAACCCGUCAUCAACUGUAGGGCUAAUGAGCUGUUGAUUGACUUCUGCCAACAAAUGGCGCCCUCAGAGAUCAGUCGAUCGGUUACGAGAAAUCUGGAGACUCUCUACCGAUUGACUGAAGCGAGAGCUCGUGUGGAACUCAGGUCUGUGGCCACCGAAGAGGACGCUCUCGAUGUGAUCGAUAUCGUCAGACACUCUAUUGGAAAGCAUUAUGUUUUACCCAAUUUAGUCAAUUCGGUCAAAAUUGUUCACUCAUUUAGGGGUUCCAGCAAAAGACAAAACACUAAGAAUCUGUUGAAAGCGUUACAGAUAUUCAGUGAACAAAACCAGCAAAAAGUGUUUAGUGUGGACCAGAUUGUGGACAUUAGCUCUCAUUUUCAGAUCCCGUUUGACUCAAGAGAAGAGAUUUUGGUGGCAAUCGAUCGACUCAACAACGAGUCCCACGUGAUUAAGACCGGAUCCGAUUAUAAAUUGCUU